GCCCUUUCUCAUGUGUGAAUCGAGACAUACAGUACAGCAAAUCUUAAGUGAUUACAAGUGAAGCAGAAGUAAGAUAUCUUUGAUUAGCGACGCUGUUGGCGUGGAAUUUUAUUCAAAAGUAGGUAUAGAAUGCUGUGGUUUCAAGUAAUAUUUCUUUCACAAGUUCGAGUUUUCUGAAUGGCCUAUCGGUGCAGUUGUAAUGGGCGACCAAGGAAAUCAGAGGGGUAGUCUGGCAGAUGACUUGGCAGCACUGCUCAAUUCUGGGUUCCGUGCAGACAUCACUCUGCAUGCUGGCAACUUCAAGGUGCUGGCCCACAAGACUGUGCUGGUUGCACGAAGCCCAUUUUUUGCUGCUGUAUUAAAAAAUGGAAGACAGCACUGUCACAUCGAACUGCAUGAUGUCGAGCCAGAUGUGCUGCUGCAACUUGUAAUUUUCAUGUACACUGACAGAGUUCCCAAGCUGCAGAGUAUGGCACCAAAGUUACUUUUAGCAGCAGAAAAGCUCAAAUUGCCUGUCCUGGAGCAAAAGUGUAAGGAGCAGUUAAUUCUGGACAUGUCGAAAGAGCAAAUGACUGCAAAUACCUUGAUCACUGUGCACAACUUAUUUAAGAACCAAAAGAGGACUGCAGCUGUGAUGAAUGACACCCGAACUGUACAAGAUGCAAAUGUAGAGCACUCUACAGAAAUGUCACCAAACUCCCUACAAGUGGCCACAGAGGAAUCUAGUGCAAAAAAAAGAAAACUGGGAAGUUUUGUACAAACUUCAGGACAUGGAUCUAGUGUUCAAAUAGCAACACCAAAAAUGCCCUUACAAGGGGCUGAGGGGCUGUGGAUUUUCAAUGAAGCAUCACCAAAAAUCUUCAUACAGACUACUAACGAUGGAUCUCGUGUAAAAGGCAAAUCACCAAAAGUCCCAAUACAAGCUGUUGACAAAGUACCUUAUUUAAAAGUAAAAUCACCAACAGUCGUAUUAAAGGCUGCUGACAAGGGGUCUCAUGUUACUGAUGAGGGAUCUCAUGUUAAUGGAAAAUCAACAAAAGUUCUUUUACAGGCUACUGAUGAGCAACCUUGUUUACAGGGAUUUAUGGCAGUAUUACGUUUACAGCCUGUUGAUAAGGCAUCUUGUUUAAAUGAAAAAUUGUCAAAAGGUUCUCUGCACGCUACUAAUGAUGGAUAUCAUUUAAAUGGGCAGUUGCCAAAUGUUCCUGUACAGGCUACUGAUGAGGGAUCUCAUUUAACUGGAAAAUCGCAGACAGUUCCAAAACAGGCUACUGACAAGCAAUCUAAUGUAGAUGUAAAAUCUCCAACAGUCCCAGUACAGGCAACUGACAAGGGAUCCCAUUUAGAUACAAAAUCACCAACACACUCUGUUUGCUCUACCUAUGAGGGACCUGUAGAGGCUAUUGUUGAGGAAUCUUGUUUGAAUGGAGAAAGUCCAAAAAUCACUGUACAGACUAGUGCAGAGAGUGUGUGUUUGAAUGGAGCAUCACCAAAAAUCUCUGAAGUCAUUGUGAUAGAGGAAUCUCCAAAACCCCCUGCUAAACACAGAUUGAGCACAAAGGGAACAACAACAGUCAAAAGCAGGAAUUCAGCUGGAGCAAGUGGUGCACAGAAAACGAGACACACCUUACACAGUGCUGCAGAAUGUGGUUCUUUGGAGGACAUAGAGGCACUUUUAGCCCAAGGAAUAGAUGUGGAUGCAAAAGACAAGAAAAAAAGGACUGCUCUAUUAUUGGCAGCAGAGAAUGGCCAUGAAGAAGUUGUGAAGUGUUUGCUACAAGAAGGGGCAAAUGUAGAUGCCCAGGACCAUGACAAGUGGGCACCAGUGCAUUGGGCAACACACAAUGGGCAUGAAGAGGUUGUCAGAUUAUUGCUCCUUGCUGGGGCUGAUGUCAGUAUUAGAAACCGCUGGCAGAGUACACCGCUGCAUUCGGCUGCAGCCUGGGGCUAUGUUAACAUUGCACAUAUGCUUUUAUCAAACGGUGCAGAAGUCAAUGCAAAGGACAAGGAUGGGAGUACACCUUUACACUGUGCAGCUAAGUGGUGUCAGAUGGAGAUAGCACAGGUGCUGUUGCGGGCUCGUGCAGAUAAAAGUGCCAAGGACAAAAAAGGAAAGAAGCCCCUGGACUUGGUGAGAAAAAACAAGCAAAACCACUGGACAGCAAUUAUGAGGUAGUUUGCCUCAUUUUUAUGUGGAUCAAUUUUAACUGUAUGCUGCAUAAAAUAAAGAAAAAGAUAUUUAUGUUUUCUAUUCUGUGUUUAUAAUCUUUAUUUGUUACUUUAUGGACAAAUACUGCAGGCGAAGCUGUAAUUUUGUGUGCAUGUGCUUGCACAUCUCCACAGAGAGAAAAUAGAAAGUUUUGAACACACUAUCCUAAGUCGAGAGUCACACCAAAAUUGAAAUACUUAAGCUUUCGUAGAAAGAAAUAAAGUUUUUAUUUUUAUUAUUCCUUGCGAAAUCCAUUUCUGUCACCACUGCAAGCUCCAGCUAGCCAAUUGUCCCCUGGUCUAAUAAGAGGCCUCUACUAAUGAGUUGUGAGUGUGUCGAUUAAGUCACAAUAGUAGCCUACAAAAAUCUGAAAUAACCGUUCAUAACUGUUGCCUAUGGAGCAAAAGUUUCCCAUAUUGUAAGAAUAACUUUACCAGUUACUGAUGAUGACUAACUUCAAUCUUAAGAAACAUCUCGUGCUACUGAACAUCUCCACAAUUACCUUGUACACCUGGGAGGACUGCUUGACAAACACCCUCAGAUUUUCCAAACUGCUGACAACUCUUGAAAUUCUUUAAACAAUAGAGCCUUUCAGUUAACCCUAUCUGAGGUGAAUUAUGAUUGGGUAUAUUUAGGUGAGAUAUGAUUUGUUAUAUUUUAGGCAAAGCCCAUACUCAAUUGUCAGUUCCUUUCCCCCACCUGCUGAAUUUCUCUAAUUAAUAUUUCUCACUUAAUAAUUGUUGUGUGGAUUCUCUGUGGGUAGUUUUUAAACAUGAUUACAGGAAAAAAACACUUCUUUGCCAUUGUGUCAUUUUUAUAAAUUGGUGAAAAAUAAAUUAGUUGCCAAAUUAGUGAGAGAGUACCUGCUGUCACCAUACAGUAUUUAAACUUAGUGGAUGUAGUGGCACUGGGCCACAAGUUCAGCAUGCAUUGUAUAUCUCUCCAAGCAUGCACUUUAUGUGAAGUGGGCUGCCAACAAAACUGUGUGCUCCAGUUCACGGAGCUUGCUAGUAGGUAAGAACACAUACCCAAGGUGCAGAUUUCGGUUGAGUGAAAUGAAUGUAACAUCCCUAUCUUUAUUUUCAUAAUGCUAUUUAAGCCCUGUGCCCAUUCUUGCAGAAAGUAUCAGUGAAUUAAAAGGGUCCGUCUCCUUGCAAGAACACAAUUUUGCUUUAUUCCCAUGACAAGUUCCUCCAUGGUUGUGGUAUUGUUGGUGGGUUUUCCUUUCACUGUACCGACCGAGGAGGCGCAGUGGUUAGCACACUGGACUCGCAUUCGGGAGGACGACAGUUCAAUCCCGCGUCCGGCCAUCCUGAUUUUUCCGUGAUUUCCCUAGAUCACUCCAGGCAAAUGCCGGGAUGGUUCCUUUAAAAGGGCACGGCCAACUUCCUUUCCCAUCCUUCCCUAAUCCGAGCUGCUGCUCCGUCUCUAAUGACCUCUUUGUCGACGGGAUGUUAAACAUCAAUAUCCUCCUCCUUUCCUUCCACUGCUUUUAAAAAAUAUACAUACAAAAUUUUAUGUUAUGUAUAUCCUGUGGCUGUCAAAUGAAACCAGCCAAAUGCCUACAUUAAUACAGCAAGUCACAUGCAACACAGGAAUGUCGAGGCAAAGUCUCGUCUCAAUUGAACUUUUUUAUUUCCCCACUAGAGUAAAUUAUUAAAACUAUGUAUUUGUUACAAAGGUAAUGCUUACCAUUCAUCUGUUCAGAGCUGUACUUGAUAAGUAUUUGGAUGCUAAGCAAAUUGCUAUUCCUACUUUUAUGUUUAAAGCAACCUAUAGGCAUCAGUAAAAUUUAAUUAAUUACUGAUUUGGAAAACUAUCUGGUAUGAUAUGCUAUUUACGGAAUAA